AUGGCUCGUUGGUUCCUUCUAGUCCUUCAUUUUGUUUUGCUUGGUCAUCCAGGGACUUGCCAGGAAGCUUUUUCGCAAAAUGAAACCGAUUUAAUCGACUCCAUUGUGAAAGAUUGGAUGAAAUGUAAAAACAUUCCAGGAGUGGGAAUCUCGAUGAUACGGGGUAGAAAAUAUUUUGCCAAGGGAUAUGGACUCGCCCGACUUGAUCCACCUGUAAAUUUUACGGAAACGACACCAAUAUACAUAGCUUCCCUUGGAAAAGCCUUCACUACCGCAUUAUUAGGAGUAUUGAUAACUGAAGCUCGUGGUCAAUCAGUAAGCCGAGAUUGGACUACAAAACUAUCUUCUGUAUUCAAAGAGAACUUCAAUCUGCCAAACAAAUUUCUUGAGUCCGAGAUUACCAUAUUGGAUCUGUUGGGUCAACGCACUGGAUUCAGUCCGGCGGAUGUAUACACUGGAGUGCCGAAAAUAGGCCGGAGUGAAUUUUUAAAGAGACUGAAGUAUUUACCAAGAAGCGCUGCUUUUCGGGAUCAAUGGAUCUAUAAUGACCUACUUUACGCAAUAGCUGGUCACGUGGCGGAAGUAUGGACCGGCGAAAAAUAUGAAGAUCUGGUACAAAAUAGACUUUUGAGGGCACUUGGAAUGUUUCAGACUGUUUGUGGGACCAACAUUUAUCCCGAUAGUUCACAGACUGAAUACGCACUUCCAUAUCAUAACGCAGGAGAAGGACUGCGAUUAGGAAAUGAACUUAUUUACCAAAUUGGUGAUGUGGGUCCAGCCGGGUGUGUAUCAGCUUCCCCACAGGAUCUGGCUAAAUGGAUCCAGUUUAUAUCCGCGGGGGGAUCGACAGUGGAUGGACACCAAUUAAUUCAUCCAGACGUCUUCAAAGAAAUGGUUAAUCCUCACAUGUACUUAGAUGAUUGGUCUAUAGGUCGAUUCUUUCUGGACGACGAUUAUCCUGUUCAGGCCUCAGAUACUUGGUAUGGUUAUGGGUGGUAUGGUGGAUCCUACAGAGGUUAUAAAAAGCUGCUUCAUCCUGGAAACUGGUACGGAUAUUCCGCAGUAGCUGGUUUCUUCCCUGAUCAGAAUGCUGGAUUUGUGAUAACCAUCAAUGGUCCCUGGUACAUCAAUUAUAAGAAUUCUAUUGCGCCAGUAUCCUACGUUCUCUCAGACAUUCUUCUCGGCGAGAGCCAAUGGCUGGACAACAACACUAUCUGUAGUUUCCCCGCCCCCUGGAAAAGCACUGGUGCCACCCCUAUAAACAAUAACACACAACCAGUCCAACCAAUCCAAAUGAAUGUGAACCAGUUUACGGGUGAUUACGGUCAUCGAAUCUUUGGGACUAUGAAAAUAAGGGAGGUGGAGUCGCAGAAACUAUCCUUUCAAAUGAAUUCUGCUGGAAUAGGUAAUCUAAGCCUUUUGUCUGAUGGCGUGGGAAAAUUCCACAUGACCUUCAAUGAACUGAUGAGUGACGUUGCAGAGAGCACGUGUAGUCUGCAGUUUGGUAUGAAAUCAGAAGGAAAAUAUCAAAAGGUCACAGCCUCCUGCUUCUAUUCCACGUAUGAGUACCAAAGAGGAGUGGACUUUCUGAGCCCAGAGUCUGAUGCCAGUACAGCGUCAGGACUAAUUCUAUCCUGGUUCCCUCUACUUCUUUGUUUUCUAAAAUUGAUGCUUUAA